AUGAAGGCCUAUCUAAGAGGGCAGACACUCUGGCAAUACGUUGAAGAAGAGAAACCGCCUCUUCAACUAGGUCCAAAUCCCACUUUGAAUCAAAUGAGGUUGUAUGAAAAAGAAAUGUCAAAGGCUCCAAGGGCUUUAUCUCACAUUCAUUCGGCUGUUACAGACCUUGUGCUUACAAUGAUAAUGGCAUGUGAAAUAGCAAAAGAAGCAUGGGAUAAGCUAAGAGAGGAUUUUAUAGGAAGUGAUACAAUCAGAAAUAUACAAGUGAUGAACUUGAGGAAGGAAUUUGAGAUGGUGAGAAUGCAGGAAGUUGAGAAAGUUCUUGGAGUGGAAAUGAGUGACAAGAUGAUUGUUGAGAAGGUGCUAGUGAGCUUGCUCGAGAGGUUUGAAUCAAAGAUUUCCUCUCUAGAGGAUUCCAAGGACCUGUCACAAAUCACUCUUACUGAGUUGGUCCAUGCAUUGCAAGCUCAAGAACAAAGAAGAUUAAUGAGGCAAGAGGAUGCUAAUGAAGGUAUUAUGAUGGAAGCUCAAAGAGGAAAGAUUAUGCAGAGGAAUAAUAGAAGGUAUGCUAGAGAUAAGAAAGGGAAAGAAAAAACCAGUGGUCAGUGGGGAAAAUCAAGUGGAACAAGGGGCUAUCCACCAUGUCCCCACUCUUCCUGUUACACAGCUCAGGCCAGCAAUGAAGUGUGGUUGAUAGAUAAUGGGGACAUCAACCACAUGGCAGCAGAUUUGCAGAAUUUCAUCAGGCUGGACAAGUCUUACUACUCUAGAGUCAAAAUUGGGAAUGGAGACUAUGUAGAGGCCUAG